CUGGUCUGCCUCCAGGUCUACGGGCUUCUCUUUUCCGUCCUUCCUGAGACCUCUGGUCUCCUGAGACCGCUCUUGAUCUGGGGAUUGGCAGACUGGGGACCAUGGAGGCUGAAGAAAUCUACAUAAACCAGGCCGGUAUGCAGGCAGCAGCCGUCAAAGACAAACAACGGGGGACACCAGCCAAUAGGAAAGGUGUAGAUGACCGCGACUAUGUGAAUAUCCCCGUGAUCGUAAGAAAACAGGAUCACCCAAAGGGCAGUCACUCACCCUCCAAGAGCGAGGCCCGGUCCAGGCCAUCCUCGGACUCUGCCCAGUGUUUGCACAAAACCUUCACAAGCCUGUACAUUCUUCUCGCCCUGAUUUCCAUCAUUCUGUUGGUCUGGGUUCUGGUGAAGAAUUCUGAGAUGUCCCAGGAGCUGCUGGUCAUGAAAAGGGAGAUCUCGAAUGUCUCUAUCUCCACACGUGAAUGCGAGGAGGGGCAAAGGAAGGGCUGGACCUACGUCAGGCAGAGCAUCAGUAACACCAAACAGAGCAUUGACUUGGCCAACCGCAAUGUGCAGGCUGGGAACGAGAAGCUGAAGAAGCUGACAGAAGACAUAACCCAAAUCAAGACUCAAUUACGGCAAAUCUCUGAGACGCUGAAGAAAAUGCAAAAUCCACGACGCGAGACCAAGGUGCUGGGCGCCCUGCUCUUUGUCAAGGGCGCCGUGUGGAAGGCGCUCUUCGGCAAGGAGGCCGACAAGCUGGAGCAGGCCAACGACGACGCGCGCACCUUCUACAUCAUUGAGCGGGAGCCGCUCAUCAACACGUACAUCUCGGUGCCCAAGGAAAACAGCACGCUCAACUGCGCCAGCUUCACGGCAGGCAUCGUGGAGGCGGUGCUCACACACAGCGGCUUCCCCGCCAAGGUCACGGCACACUGGCACAAGGGCACCACGCUCAUGAUCAAGUUUGAGGAGGCUGUCAUCGCCCGAGACCGGGCCCUGGAGGGCCGCUGACCCCGCUGGAAAUAAAGGAUGAGAGAUCACCCUU